CCCUGAACGUUCCCUGUAUGGAAGGUAGAGGCAAGGAACAGAAUCUCCUUAGGCAGAACUGUUGCAAAAGUGUCCAGCUGUCAGCUAUAAAUAAUAGUUCCAAAUUUCUCCAGAGUAGCGCUAGAGUAGCUAAGAACCUAGGCGUUAUUGACGGAGUGACGUGCGCUGUCUAUGAUUUGAUUUUUUUCUCAAGUAUUCUAGGUAUUGUAGCGCCACCUAUUUAUGGUUUUUUGUCGGACACUUUUUGGUAUAUGAAGAUUUUGUUCCUUGCCUCUACCUUCCAUACUAAUAUACUUACUGUACUCUUUGAUUCAAUGACUUUUAAUGUUUGUUGUCAGUGUCACAUGUCAAAUUGACAGCUGAAAGUUUUCGUACAAAAUAUUUACACAGUUUUAUAUAAUAACAAUUUAACAUGCCAGAGGAAUCAGACUCUCCGAAGAAACCCAAACGUGAACCAUUAGUGAUACCACGAAGAAAACCCUCAGAGGUCAUACCUGGACGGAAGAUCGUGUAUCCCACCCCGGACAAGACUACAUGUGCAGAUUGCACGUGCUUCCCGAAAGAUGCACCGUAUAGAAAGCCCGCGAAAUUGAGAGCCUGUUUGCAAACACCACCCACAUUAUACGAGCUAGCAGCGACAGAGGUAGAUCAGCUGAAGUUUCCAGAAGCCUUUCAUUGGUCAGCGGAAGAUGUAGCUCAGUGGAUGGAAGGGCAAGUUGGACUGCCGGAGUAUAAGGAGUGUAUUAUGAACAACAAAAUCAACGGACGGAGGCUGCUGAUGUUAGAACACGCGUACCACCUGCCGCCGAUCGGGGUACAUAGCUUAGAGCAUAUCCAGAGGAUAACUUCAGCGGUCCGCAGUCUCUUCAGUACAGAAUUUAUCAAAUUCUGUCGCAGUAUCGGCCUGCCCACUCGGUAUCCGCUAACCCAUUGUACCUGGUUCAAAUCCCGGACUGGGCCCAGUUGGGGCAUACGACAAAAUUGGACCAGAUGUGUUGUGCUCCGAGCUAUGGGGAUUAUAAUGCCUGCACCUGUGUAUAUGGACCACUGGGACUUAGUUUGGUACCAAAAGCCAGAUUUCCCCAAAGUGAAGUUUGCGAGGAUCCCUAAAAGGGACAAGGCGGAUCGUUUACCACACUACACAGGGAUAAAAGAUGUUUGGAACGAAAUUCUGGUCCCAAGAAAGUUCAUUCUAGAGAAGCACAUCCCCCCAGAGCUCCAGCUGAUCUGGAUGCAGAAGAUAGAAUAUCCCCCCCUCUUUCCUGUAGAAAAGAAGAAGAAGAGACCUGCGAAGCCUUCGCGGUUAGUUCCCAAACCCGUGAAGAUUGAGGGCUUGAAGGGCGAGCAACUGCUGCUGGCGAGGAGGAAAAUGCCCAAACCAAAGUUCCUUCCUUAACAUAUUCAACGUUUUCGUAGCGCUACGCUCGUAGCCGAUCCCAGCGUUUUCCCGUUUUGUAGAGGAAAGCGUCUACGAACAGAAAACCGCCGCGGGUUCCCGGCAUUCAAUGUGUUAACACUACUCCUAGUUUCUAAAUUACAUGUUUUAUAAAUUGGUUUACAGAAUAAAAUGUAGGUACUACUAAAGUAA